CGACCGUGCGACGUUGCCGGUCCGCGCAUUCCGUCCGCAGCCGCCAUGCCGAGUGCAGCGCGAUGUUGUUCAACCAGAAGUUAGAUCUUAAACUAAUACAACUCGUUAGAGACAAUCCUGUUCUCUACGAUCCGAAUAAUGCUAAAUACAUGGACUGCAAUGCACGCGAGGUCGCCUGGCACAAGAUCGGAGACGAACUUCAAAACCCCGCCGCAGAUUGUAAAGUGAGAUGGAUCAAUAUAAGAGACGUAUAUCGACGCAUUCUAAAGAAAAAAUUAAACGACUCGGAGUCACGAAAAACGUACAAAUAUGAAAAUGAACUCGCAUUUAUGAGACCGUUCUUCAAGGAUGUCGGAGCACCAAUAUUCAGUUAUGAGUCAGAUAGCAAAAAUGAGCAAGUUAGUGACGAUUGUUACGACGAUGCGCCUUGUAGCGACAUAGAUGAUGACAUCCCGAUUACGAAGUUAAAAAGGAAAAAAUCAUCUAAGUCUAAUUCUAAAAAGAAAAAGGUGAAUAGAUACGAGGAAGAAGAACAAAUGAGUGUGUCACUGAGUGAAAUGACUACGCCUGCUUAUGAUUUUGACAGGUCAGAUCCUGUGGAUUCAUUCCUCUUGAGCAUCGGAGCUACAUUAAAAACUUUUUCACCUUAUCAUUUGAAUAUAGCAAAGACUAAAAUAUUUAACGUCGUGCAAGAACAUGAUUUGCAGCAGAUCGUGGAGAAAAAACGCUCUGAAGAAUCUAUUGGCGAGACAUCUCAAAAAUAUUCAGAUUACGCACACUAACUCUAAAAUUACUGGGAUAGCAUUCAGAAAUGAAAAUUAAACA